AUGCUUAAAGCAUUGGAAAAGCGCGGCCCCAGCGGCGGUAACCGCAACGGCGGGAACGGUAACGGCGGCAGGGGGAACGGGGGAAGCGGUGUAUCCAAUGCCGGCUGCGGGUCCCGCGGUAAUAGCGGUAGCAGCGGCAGUAGCAAUAGCGGCGGCGACUGGAGCAGGAACGGCAACGGCGGCGGCGGCGGCGAAAGCGGCGGUUUCCGCCGCCUUUAUCGCCGCUUGGUAUGCUUCGGCUUUAUUCCAAGCGGUGCUGGAAAAGCCGGUUUUCCGGCGGGUGGGCGGGGCGCUUGGGGUGCCCAAGGUGCGGGUUGCUGGAAUUGUUGGAACCCCGUGCGGGCCGCCGCCGCCGGCGGCGCGCUCCUCCGGGCCGAAGGGCUUAUAAAAAGGGCGUGCGCCACCCUGAAGGGGGCCGUUGGCAACGGCAUGUUGGCGGGCGUGGUUGGAUUCGAGGAAGGAUGCAUGCUUUUAUGAGCCGAGGCUGCAGAAAGCGUUACCUUCAUCACAUUGCACUUUAAGCUUAAAACUGUGGUAUUACGCUCGACGGCAGUCGCGAACGGGAAGUA